AUGGUGAAGUCAUAUUUGCGCUACGCGCUGCAGGACAGCUUUGGUACUAUUACAUCUAGAGUAUGUAGAAGCGUGUUCGCCUUAUCGCAGGAUUAUGUGAUCACCGGUCAUGAUGAGCGGGUGAGCAUCUGGAAUUGCCGAACAGCCGAAGCCAAGGUACAUUUCGAAUGUAAACCUAACGAUCUCCAAGCUCCAUCUGACGUCACAUGUUUCACAUGCUCAGAUGUUAACGAAAGAUGGCUAUAUGUUGGCUAUGCUGACGGUUCUAUUCGUAGGUUCCAACGACCGGAAUCUUUAGUCAAUGAGUCUGUAUCUGUGUUGAACGAAGAUUUUCAAGUCCAUGGACAUAAGAGCGCUGUGACCUGCUUGGCCCUUAGUCCUUCCCAACAGCUACUUGCCUCUGGUUCACAAGAUUGCUGUGUUAUCAUUUGGGAUACAACUAGUGAUUUAGGUUUAUUUCGACUUGAGGGUCAUCGUAAUGAAGUUACAGAUUUGCGUUUCGUACGCCAUAGCACAGGUUCCGAGUUGCAAUUAAAAGCACGUAAACUUGGAGUUGAAAAAGCUACUUUAAGGCAUGGGGAUGACAUUUUAGGGUUCUUGGUUAGUGUCUCCAAGGACUGCAUUAUACGUAUAUGGGACUUGACAUCACAACUUUGUAUCCAGACGGUGAUACACUCCACAGCUGAGCUCUACGGUCUAGCUGUGAAUAGUAAUGAGUCACGUAUGUACGUCGCAGGAGCAGAAAACCGUAUCCGUUGCUAUAAGUUGGAUUUGUCAGGUACUGAAAAGGAUGAAAGUUCAACAUACGAAAUACCACUAUACGCUAAAGAACUACCAGCUCUUAACCGUCAUGAGACACAUGGCAGAUGUAAACAAUUGUGUAUCAUGUACCCGAGUGCAAAGGAAGAAGCCUCUGCAACUUCACGUCGAUCCUCAGCUAAGCCGUCGGUUGAAGCCGAGGGUAAGGAAAUUGAAAUAGACCAAAAAGGAAUGCUACUAUGUAUAACCAGUACUUUUGUGGUAUUCUACCGGUUAUACGACUCUUCGGAGGCAGCGAAACGGCGUAAAAGACGUCAAAAGCGUGUUCUGGAGAAACAACGUGCACGUUGUAACAAGUUACGUGAAGCUGUAGCAUCAACAGGUCGUGUGGCAACACAAGAGUUUGACUCUUUGGAGUCUGAAAUAUCGCAUCUAGAAUACUUGCUAAGUGGGUUCAAUCCGGUUGAACCACUGGAUCCUUUUGAAGCACCAACAGAAACCCGCUCAAGUGACCAUGCUGCUACUGACGAGAUUACCUACAUGUUUGCAUUGAACACAUUUGAACGUGUAUCGUCAUUUCAAUUGUUUUCUGGAGGGUUCGUUAUUGGUCACUCAAGUAACAGUAUCAGUGUCUGGCGUGUUAAAGUGCAGCGUUUAUUAUGUGGUAAAAUAACGGACGAUGACGAUGACAUGGAGUCAUUGGUAUCGCAUUGUCAACGGGUACACUUUUUGGAUAUAGUCGGUCAUCCUAGUUCCAUAUUAGGUUUGUGCGUGUCGCCAAAUGACAUGAUGUUACUAUCAUUUUCGAGUGAAUCUACGAAAGUGUGGAAUAGUCACACUCGUCAUUGUGUGAGAACGGUUGAAACGAAAGCUGUCACUUGCGCAUACUUCGUUGCUGGCAACCGUCAUGCGAUUCUAGGUACCGCUAACGGUGAGCUGUUAGUGCUUUACCUGGAGACUUGCGAGGUAUAUGAGGUACACAAAGAGUCUCCUGACCUUUCUAAGCGAUCUUCUGCUUUGGAUGUAGUGGCGCUUUGCGAACAUCCUGAUCACGCAACGUUUGCUGCGGCAUUCCGGGAUCGCUGCGUGAAACUGUUCCAGUAUGUUUUGAAGAAGAAAGGCAACCAUGAAGUGCUGACUGUCAAGGAAGUGUCAUCCGUGGCAUUGCCGGACCACCCGACGGACGUCCGGUACUCCACUGACGGUAGUCUAUUGGCAAUUGCAUUGCAGGACAGUACUAUCCAGACAUUCUACACUGAUAGUCUUAAACCGUUCCUUUCGUUAUACGGUCACAAACUUCUGGUCACCUCUAUCGACAUAUCUUCUGAUGGUGCAUUGCUGGCAUCCAGUUCUUUGGACAAGACAGUAAAGAUUUGGGGGCUAGAUUUCGGUAACAUCCGCCGCUCGUUGCUAGCCCAUUCUGGUGCCGUUAUAUGUUGCCGUUGGAUCAGUGGUACUCAUUAUUUGAUAACUACGGGUCUCGAUGCCUUGAUCAAAUUGUGGGACUGUGAUACAUAUGAGCUUAUUUGCCAAUUACGUGUACACAGCUCACCCGUUCGUUCACUUGCAGUGAGUAGUGAUGCUCACUUUUUUGUGAGUGCUUCGGAUGACAGUACUAUCCGUUUUUGGUUUCGUACUGAUGAGCAGAUAUUUUUAUCUGAGGAACGUGAGAAGGAGCUUGAUUAUCAGCUUGAGCAUGAAGCUGUUCGUGACGAUCUUAACCAAGCUAUUCCUGUAGACCGGAGUGCUUUGAUGAACAAGGCUAGCCGUAAAACAGUGGAAUCUGUUAAGGCUACUGAAGAUUUGAUUCGUGUGAUCGAUGAUGCUGAGGAAUAUCGUCAGGCUCUAGAAGACUAUAAACAUCGGUUGGAAGAGUACGAGGCUAUGAGUCGUAACAAGGACGGUAUUUCUAAAUAUGGUAUGCCUGAUGGAGCAAUGCCAGAGGAGCCUGAUGCCCCGUUGGAACUAUUUAACCGUACCCCUACAGAACAUGUGAUGAUGGCUGUCAGCGGAUUAAGCCAUAACGUGAUCCAUGAGGUAUUGAUAGCACUUCCAUUUAUUUAUGCUGAGAAGUUAUUGAACUACAUUGUGACAAGUUUGGAGUCGUACAAUAGUCUCCGCGAUGGUGGCAAAACAAAUUUGUAUAGCAUGGAGAUGUCCUGCAAGACAGCUCUUUUGUUAAUACAGAUAUACUUUCGUCAGUUUUUUUCUCAACGGCAUCAGCGACCUUUAAUAGCACGUUUGGAGAAGCUGUUGCCACCGGCACUUCAACAUGAACUGGAUCGCAUGUUGCUUAAUAAGGCGGCUUUGGAGUAUAUGAGGGGUCUUUUGGAUACUGACGAUUUGAGUAAACGGUUACGUGAGCUUUAG